UACGAUAAUGUACGCAUCUGCAUCGUUGCUGCAUUUGGGAUAGAUUCUGGGUCUGGCUUUGGGCGGGGCCUCUUUCGCCCAUCGAUUCUCGCGAGAUGGUUGGUGUGGGAUUUUUCAUCCUUCCUUCACGCGGUGCUGUAAUCGCGGGCGGGCGGGACGAGAAGCACCAUCUCUGGAGACAGUCAUCGUCGACUCUUCGUGAGACAGUCGAAGGACUCUGAGAGUCGAAGUUAAGACUGGAUCUUGCGUCGACGUCGAGUCAGUCAACUCGCAGGUCGGGUUCGGAAGCGUGAUUUGUCCUGGCCGUGAAAUCCGUGGGUGGUCGUGAACCUCUGAGAAUCGUGGGCCUGAUUCAUGACGAGAUGCGAGAGUCGAUCGUUUCUGAUUGAAGGGGCCGUUACUAGCAGACAGAGCUCCACCAAAUCAGACCUCUGAAAAGCUCGUGAUGCUGGAUGAGGACACGAAUUGAAGAGACAGCGUUGGGCAAUGUGGGCGACCGAAACACAGAACUUCACUUGGUACCAUUGUGUUGUUGAGAGUCCUAUAACAUCAAGUAGUGCAGCAGAUCAGACCAAGUUCUAAUCUUCAGCCAUUCUCCAGAAAGCAUGCAACCCUACGAACUCAGCUUCGUAUCAACGAGAUACUGUCCAGAAACAUAAGCCAAAAAUAUGGUACCGAAGACGAUUAGUUGCUGUUGUUGCACACCUAAUGCACCCGCAUGGAAAGAUUCUCUUCCCAAACUGUGGGAGGAAUCAGAGAUCAGAAUGUUUCAGAAGCUUACGAGUGAUCGAUCACAAACUUUGUACUUCGUAGAGGUCCUGAAUUCACCUAAUUUUUGGUGACAAACAUGGAGAAGCACUGGCUGAUUGAUCGGAGCAGUGAUCGGCAGUAUGGAGCAGGACAGGCGAGGAUUUCAUAUUCGACAAGCUCAGCAGAAAAACCUCCCGGGAAAGAUUCUUUGGUUCCUUCUUCCGAUCCAGUCGUGCCAACAGUGUAGUGAUGCUGCAAGCAGCAUCACUCGACUGUUGCAUGGGUCAGCUUCCGGAAGAUGUGGAUCAGAUACAAGAAGUCUGAAUCUCAAGCACUUUGAAACGAGGUACCUGCCAGCACUUCGAUCGAUUCAACAAAGUCAGAAUGGCUUCUGCCAGGCGUGCAGGGUUCGCCAAGGUCUUGACUGUUGCAGCUAUGGCGAUGUCUGUUGUUGGAGUUGCUCAGGGAUACGAUCAGAUGCAUGCUCCUGCACCCGGGCCAGUGGAGACUUCUUCAGCUGCUGGACUGUCACCGACAGCGUCCACCCACGCAAUGGUCGCCUCUUUGAUCGUCACGGUCGCUGCUUUGGUUGCAUCCAAAUUGCUUUGAUGGUCGACGUCAAGUUCUUUCUCCACCAAAGGAUCGACCAAAGUUGAGAGGUUGAAAAGGAGAUUUUCGAGAUUAUAGAUUCAAUCAGAUUUCAUUUGAUGUAGCGGGUUGGAAAUUUUAUUGUGAACUCUCAGAAACAACCUGUGCUGACAAACUUCAUGAUGAGCGAAAGUUUGCUCUUGGAGGCUGCGCUGAGUCAAAAUAUGCAGAACACACUAUAUGGCAAAUUCAGUAAUUUCGUGCUGAAUUGUAAAUGCUUGUAGAUCUCAUCAGA